AUGAGUUCAGCCACGGUACUCUGUCAGAGCUCCAAUUGUCCACAUGGAAACCCGCCAUCACGGCUCGAAUGCCCCACGUGCAAUAAGCUGGGUAUUCGUGGUUCUUUUUUCUGCGGACAGGAGUGCUUCAAAGGCAACUGUGAGUCGAUCACGAUAUCAAUCUGUGUGGAAGCAUUGAAACGCCACACUUUUGACAGGGGUAAGUACGAUGUAAACCCAGGCACCGCUCGCACCUCAUACGGCACUUACCAUCCUUUCGCAAACUUCGAUUUCACGGGUACUCUAAGACCCGUAUACCCCCUCUCUCCAAAGCGUGAAGUUCCGGAACAUAUUCCACGUCCUGACUACGCAACACACGAAGAUGGAGUACCGACCACAGAGUUAAAGCGAGCGGGCCAACCCCCACGUUUAUUGAACUCGGAGGAAAUUGAGAAGAUGAAGUUUGCGUGCAGGCUUGGCCGAGAAGUGCUGGAUAUUGCAGCAGCGAUGGUACGGCCAGGUGUGACUACUGAUGAGAUAGAUGCUGUCGUUCACCAAGCUACGAUCGACCGUAACGCAUAUCCGUCACCCUUAAACUAUCGUAAUUUCCCGAAAUCCCUCUGCACCUCCAUCAAUGAAAUUAUAUGUCAUGGCAUCCCUGAUCGCAGGAAAUUGCAAGAAGGUGACAUCAUCAAUCUCGACAUAUCACUCUACUACGAUGGAUUUCAUGCCGACUUGAAUGCCACAUACCCCGUCGGUGAGAUAGACGAAGACUCUAAGAAAUUGAUUCAAACCACUCGACAAUGUCUCGAUGAGGCGAUUAAGAUAUGCAAACCGGGUGCAUUGUUCCGUGACAUCGGCAAAGUUAUCGAGCCGAUUGCACGUGCUAACGGAUGUGCUGUCGUACGGACGUACACAGGUCACGGCAUUAAUGACUUAUUCCACGGGGCGCCUAAUAUUCCACACUACGCAAAGAACAAAGCAAUUGGUACCAUGAAACCAGGAAUGUGCUUUACAAUAGAGCCGAUGAUCAAUCUAGGUUCCCAUUGGGACACACACCAUUGGCCCGACAACUGGACUGCUACCACAGUGGAUGGGAAACGUAGCGCUCAAUUUGAAGAAACCUUACUUAUCACAGAGACUGGUGUAGAAGUUUUGACUGCGGGGAGCACGGAUUUGUAG